CGACUGUCCCGGCGCUCAGAGGUAACCCGGGCGAGCAUUCAGAUCGCGGGCCGCUGGUCCCAGGAGCUGGCUCGCUAGCGAGCGGGAGGCCCAGCGACCGGAGUCGGAGUCAGGGUCGUAGUCGGAGUCUCAGGACCGGAGCAGAAGCCUGAGCCGCAGAGCGCAGCCCGCCCGCCAGCCCGUCGCCGCCCGCGCACCCGGCGCUGCCAGAGCCUCCGGCGCAGCGCGGCCAUGGAGCCCAGCAGCAAGAAGCUGACGGGCCGCCUCAUGCUGGCCGUGGGAGGGGCAGUGCUCGGCUCCCUGCAGUUUGGCUACAAUACUGGAGUCAUCAAUGCCCCCCAGAAGGUGAUUGAGGAAUUCUACAACCAGACGUGGCUCCACCGCUAUGGGGAGAGCAUCUCGCCCGCCACGCUGACCACACUCUGGUCCCUCUCCGUGGCCAUCUUCUCCGUCGGGGGCAUGAUCGGCUCCUUCUCUGUGGGCCUGUUUGUGAACCGCUUUGGCCGGCGGAAUUCCAUGCUGAUGAUGAACCUGCUGGCCUUCAUAUCUGCUGUGCUCAUGGGCUUCUCCAAACUGGGCAAAUCCUUUGAGAUGCUGAUCCUGGGUCGCUUCAUCAUCGGUGUGUACUGCGGCCUGACCACGGGCUUCGUGCCCAUGUAUGUGGGGGAGGUGUCCCCGACGGCCCUUCGAGGGGCCCUGGGCACCCUGCACCAGCUGGGCAUCGUCGUCGGCAUCCUCAUCGCCCAGGUAUUUGGCCUGGACUCCAUCAUGGGCAACGAGGAGCUGUGGCCCCUGCUCCUGAGCGUCAUCUUCAUCCCGGCCCUGCUGCAGUGCGUCCUGCUGCCCUUCUGCCCCGAGAGCCCCCGCUUCCUGCUCAUCAACCGCAAUGAGGAGAACCGGGCCAAGAGCGUGCUGAAGAAGCUGCGCGGAACGGCAGACGUGACCCGGGACCUGCAGGAGAUGAAGGAGGAGAGCCGGCAGAUGAUGCGGGAGAAGAAGGUCACCAUCCUGGAGCUGUUCCGCUCGGCCGCCUACCGCCAGCCCAUCCUCAUCGCCGUGGUGCUGCAGCUGUCCCAGCAGCUGUCGGGCAUCAACGCGGUUUUCUAUUACUCCACAAGCAUCUUCGAGAAGGCGGGCGUGCAGCAGCCUGUGUAUGCCACCAUCGGCUCCGGCAUCGUCAACACGGCCUUCACUGUCGUGUCGCUGUUCGUGGUGGAACGAGCCGGCCGGCGGACCCUGCACCUCAUAGGCCUGGCUGGCAUGGCGGGCUGCGCGGUGCUCAUGACCAUCGCCUUGGCACUGCUGGAGCAGCUGCCCUGGAUGUCCUACCUGAGCAUCGUGGCCAUCUUUGGCUUCGUGGCCUUCUUUGAAGUGGGCCCUGGCCCCAUCCCAUGGUUCAUUGUGGCCGAACUCUUCAGCCAGGGCCCUCGCCCGGCUGCCAUUGCCGUCGCUGGCUUCUCCAACUGGACCUCGAAUUUCAUUGUGGGCAUGUGCUUCCAGUAUGUGGAGCAACUGUGCGGCCCCUACGUCUUCAUCAUCUUCACGGUGCUCCUGAUCCUGUUUUUCAUCUUCACCUACUUCAAAGUUCCCGAGACCAAAGGACGGACCUUCGACGAGAUUGCUUCCGGCUUCCGGCAGGGGGGAGCGAGCCAAAGUGACAAGACACCCGAGGAGCUGUUCCACCCCCUGGGGGCUGAUUCCCAAGUGUGAGGUGCCCCGCACCCCCAGCCCGGCCUGCUCCCAGCAGCCCAAGGAUCUCUCGGAGCACAGGCAGCUGAAUGAGACUCAAACUGACAGAUCUCAGCAGAGCCGGGCCCCGGGCUCCUUCCUUCAGCCAGCAGCGAUGUCCAGAAGAAUGUUCAGGGCUCUGCGGCUCCAGGAGUUUUAACAAAAGCAAGACUGUUGCUCAGAUCCAUUCGGACAGGCAACAGGUUUUAUAGUUUUUUUAUUACUGAUUUUGCUAUUAUUUUUGUAUCAGCCAGUCUCCUUUACCCACAUCCCACGCUUCACCUUGGAGGGCUCAGUGCCUGAGGGUGGGGACCGAGCUCUGCCCAGACACUUGCCUUCCCCACCAAGCUAAUCCGUAGGGCUGGACCUGUGACCCCAGGACACACUAAUCGAACUAUGAACUCAGUCUUCUACCCCGAGAGGUGGCCGUGGCCACUCCCUUCCGCGGGUCUGAGUCUUCCCACCCAGGGGCCAGGCUCCAUUAGGAUUCGCCCGCUCCCAUCCCUCCCUGCUCAAACACUCUGUUUAAUCUUCCCUUGCCUGAGACCAGUUGGGAGCACUGGGGUGCAGGGAGGGGAGGGGAAGGGCCAGGGCUGCCAGGUUCCAGGCUCCCUUGCACUGAGGGCCAGACGAUCACCAUGGGAGGCUGAGAACUCACUACUACUCAAGAAGACACGGACACUCCUGCCCUGCUGUGUAUAGACGGAAGAUAUUUAUAUAUAUUUUUUGGUUGUCAAUAUUAAAUACAGACACUAAGUUAUAGUAUAUCCGGACAAACCAACUUGUAAAUACACCACCUUCCUCACUCUGUAACCCACCCAAGUAGAUAAAGAUGGCUGGUUUUUAGA